GAUUAGCAGCUUAGUAACCUAGAGCGCAUGGUGGUCGUUGGCCAUUGGAAAACACCAAACAUCACUUCUCCACGCUUAGAUUGGAAAAAUAAAAACAUCACCCAAAACGCAUCGACUAGAAGGAGGGAGGAGGAAGGGCUCUGAUGUGGUUUACAGCUUGGACUUCUAGAGAGAAGAGAGAUUCUCUCUCUAGAAUAUUAGGGCCGGCUCUCUCCGCCUCCGUAGAAAGUUAGAAACACAAUUGAGCGGGGAUUGUCUUUUUUCCUAGUUUGUCCUUUUUACUCGAUUUUCUUACCUCGUCACCUCCCCAUUUAUCAUAUAUAAAUUCACUCGCCUUGCUCCAAACUCAAAGCCAUCCACUGAACAAACCAAGCAAUUACCCAACCAUUUUGGCUGCUCUUGUUCAGUGUGUUCCCUUAUUUUGUGUUACUCUGUUUAUGCUCUGAUUUCUUGGGGAGAGUAACAAGCUUCUUCUCUGUAAAAGCUCUGUUUCUGUUUGAAGCUUCGACUCUUGGAGAAAUGUAUGCAGACACUGAGAUUAUGUUCCCUUACUUCCAGAAUUUCUCUCAGGAAGCUCAACAACUUGAAGAGUACUGCAAAACCCAGAAGUCCUCCGCUUCAAUGGGUCACCUGGCUCAGACCUCCAUAUUAGAAUAUGACUUGGGAGGAGAAGGGGAUCUAUUCAAAGCUCCGGAACCCAUCAUUGAAGAACAAGUUGUGAGCCUUGAUCCCAUGACAGCAGCCAUUUCAAUGAUAUAUUGUGGGCAAGAUGUCAUCUCCACCCAAGGACUCAGGGUUGCAGACAUUGAAUCACUUCAAAAUGAGCAGCUUUUGAGUGAGGUUUUUUAUGAGUGCAGGAAGGAUCUAUUGGAAAAGGCAGCAAUAGAAGCACCACCCUCUGAAGUUCUGGAUAUCAAGAUUCCUCUCUCAAGUAUAGAUGAAUACAAAAUUCAGGAAAACAGACAACUUCCUGCUUUACCAUUCCAGAAAAGUGUCAGCUCGGAAUGUUUAAGUUCAAUAGAGUGGAUGCAUGGAUCUGCAGCCUUAGUUAAUUCACAUAGUUUGCUGACAUGUUUAUAUACUCUUGGUAAUGGCAUGAGCCUCAUCCAUUCUCCCCUUGAGCGCCCAUUAAUUGUCAGCAACUGUACUACCGAUGAGCGCCAGGAAAAGCUCUCCAGAUACAGGAAUAAGAAGACAAAGAGGAACUUCGGCAGGAAAAUCAAGUACGCUUGCAGGAAGGCUCUUGCCGACAGUCAACCAAGAGUUCGCGGAAGGUUUGCAAAAAUUGAUGAAUCUGAUGCCAAGAGGCAAGAACUGUUAAGUGUUAACUAAUUCAGUAUGAGGAGGUUUAGAAAAUAAGCAGAGCAGGAUUCAAUGAAAUAAUCAAACAUGUAGCGGAACCUCCCCUCGAAAACAUAUAGUACGUGAAUGAAUAUGAGAGCCUCGUCAUAAUAUUAAAAUUAGUGCAAAAUCAACACUUUCAAACUACGUUUAGAUGUUGAGCUGAAUUGAGAUUA